UUUUUCUCGGAAUCACGAACAAUACUUCUAACAGGGCGUGUGUUUCACAACCACUCUUUAGAAAACGUUUACCAUGGAGUCCCUUUUGAAAGACCUCAAGAAACAUCUUGAAUGCUCGAUUUGUCUCGAUACCUACAACCAACCCAAAACUAUAUCAUGUCUACACACAUUUUGCUGUCAGUGUUUGGAGAAUCAUGCAAGAGCCAGCCACAGACAAGGAAAGUUCCGUUGUCCAGAGCGUCAAGCCCAAAUCGAUCUGCCCGAACGAAAUCGUUUCGACAGUUUGCCGACAAGUCUUUUCCACAACAGUUUGUUGAGUCUCCUUGCUGUCCGACAGAGUGGCGAUGGAAGUAGCAUAACUUGUGGCAAUUGUAACAAAACAAGCUCCGAUGUUCAUUAUUGCUUUGAUUGCGCAAGAUUUCUGUGCACCGAUUGUUUAAGCGCGCAUGAAGUUAUGCGGGCUGCAUUCGAGGGACAUAAAGUCAUGCCCAUCAAAGAAUUUCAAACUCAAGACUACGAAGCCUUGUUGAAGCGACAGCCCUUUUGCUCACAACAGUACCACCAGCGAGAGAUCACAAGAUUUUUCUGCCUUCCUUGUCAAUCUUGUGUCUGUCAUGCUUGCAUAGUCACAGACCACCAAAACCACAAAGUUAUUUUACUCGACAAA